AAGUAGAUGGCGUUCAGCGGUGCUGUUAAAUAUUCGAACAGAAUUUGUAGGCAUGGGCAACAAGACUAUCACCAGUUCUUCGUACUAUACAGAAAUUCAUACCAAGAUGAAAUUUUGGAUUUAGCAUCGUGUUUUUAAUUCCAAUAUUUAUAGUUAUUUCAUUAUCUGAAACUAAUUUGAAUUUACUAAUAAAAGGUGUUUAUUGCUCCAUAUUUUAAAGUGAGCAAUGAGAUUUCUAGUCAAUUAACUGGGCACGUUGCUAUUUAAGGGAAUAUAUCGAGUUAUUAUAAUGGGAAUGACACUCGUAUAUGCAUUGUUCGUGAAUAAAAAUGCACGCUUUAUCAACUGCUAGAAAACCACCGUCUUGCCUACCACACCUGCUGAAGAACAGCAGUAUAGCUUCACGCAAAUUAUUCUGUCUAUUCAAAUUCACUUCAAGAUGAAGGGGAAAGUGCAAAGAAAAUCGAAAGGAAAGGGAGACACAGAAAAGUUGAAGAAACUUAUGAUGUCAAUUGAUGAAUUUGUUCAAAACAAGACUGGUGGCAGCGGUGCCGAUGAGUUUCGGAGCCUCGGUCACGUUAAAAAGAAAAGCCGAAAAGAAGUGCGUAGGGAAAAGAGAAAGCUCAAAAAAGCAAAAAUGAAACGGCCCCCCAAAGACGAUGGAAACAUUAAUAAGAACCAACAGAAAAAUGUAACUCCUGUUGAAAACAAGACCGAAACCAAAGUACAAAAAAGCGUGCGCUUUCAGACGGAGAAUGAAGUCGGGUUUACUGAACCAGGAGCGUCAAGGAAAACCAAAGCGAAAAAGAUGCAGUCUCAGCAAGGAAAGAAGAAGAAUCGCCUACAGGAGACUAGGAAGAAAGCACUGCUGGAAGCAAACGAGGCGGAGGAUAGGGAGAUAAAGAAGCUGGAGCGUUGUCUUGGUCUCAACAAGAGGAAAAACAAAAAGAGCCUUCCUAUGUCCUUCGUCGCCGAUGGCUUGGAUUACAUCUUGGAAGCCCUCGACGCUGGAUCGGCGGGAUCUGGGUUGUACGAGAGUGACGAGGAAAUGGAGAUAAGUAAGGAGAAGUUUGACAAGUUAGCUGAUAGUGAGAAUGAACUUACAACCAAGGAGGAGGAUGCGACUGACAGUGAUGAUGGUGAAGAUGAUGAUGAUGAUGGUGAAGAUGAUGAUGAUGGAGAUGAUGACCAGGAGAGUGAAAAACAUAUGGAAGAAAUGGAUGUUAUUGAAGAGGAAAUGGAAGAAGAUUUCUGUGAUGAAGUUUCUGAAGAUGGCGAUAUGGAAGAAUUCCCCAAUGAGGAAGACACAGUGGAAGCAGAUGCUCAGGAGGAGCUUCCCGUUAACGCACCUGGGAAGUAUGUGCCACCACAACGGCGUGAAGUGGAAGACAGCAAGCGGAGAGCGGAGCUGGAGCGACUGCGCAAGACCGUGAAAGGACUCGUGAACCGGCUAAGUGAGCCCAACAUGGCAUCCAUCAGCGGCCAGAUGGAGGCCAUGUACAUGAGCCACAGCAGGAAGGACAUGAACGACACGCUGACGGCCAUCAUGUUGGAGGCCUGCGUCAGCCCGGCUCUGAUGCCUGAACGGCUGCUCAUGGAGCACAUCCUCCUGGUCAGCGUUCUGCACCACAACGUGGGGCUGGAGGUGGGGGCUCAUUUUUUGGAGGCGGUGGUCCAGAGGUUCGACGCCGCAUAUCAGGCGGCAGCCAGUGGCGGGAAGGAGAGCGACAACCUGCUGGCCAUGGUGGCACACCUCUACAGCUUCCAGGUGGUGCACGCGCUUCUGGUGUUCGACCUCCUCCGCAAGCUGGUGGGCGUCUUCGCCGAGAAGGACAUGGAGCUGAUCCUGCUGACGCUGCGCAGCGUGGGCUUCGGGCUGCGCAGGGACGACGCAGCCGCCCUCAGGGAGCUCAUCUGCGAGAGCCAGCGCAAGGCCAGCGCCCUGGGCGAGACGUUCCGGGAGCAGGCCAGGGUGCGCUUCAUGUUAGAAACCAUGCUGGCUUUGAAGAACAACGACAUGCGGAAGAUUCCGGGCUACAACCCCGAGCCGGUGGAGAGACUGAGGAAACUGCAAAGGACGCUGGUGCAGCGGAAUGCCGGCGGCAGCGACGUAAAGCUGAGGGUCUCCCUAGAGAACUUGCUAGCGGCGGAGCAGGUGGGCCGCUGGUGGAUCGUGGGUUCGAGCUGGAGCGGUGCUCCCAUGAUCGGGGAGCACGGGAAGACGCAGCCUGCCGCCGCCGAGGGACAGUUCAGUGCAAAGGUCCUGGAGCUUGCCCGGAAGCAGCGGAUGAACACCGACGUCCGGAAGAGCAUUUUCUGCAUCAUCAUGACCAGUGAGGACUACCUGGAUGCCUUUGAGAAGCUGCUGAGGCUAGGCUUCAAAGACCAGCAGGAGCGGGAGAUUAUCCGCGUUCUGCUGGACUGCUGCCUUCAGGAGCGGCUCUUCAACGCUUUCUACAUCGUGUUGGCAGACAAGUUCUGUGCUCACGACCGGCGCUUUCAGAUGACCCUUCAGUUCACCCUGUGGGACAAGUUCAAGGAGCUCCAGAACAUGUCCAGCAGCGUCUUCAGUAACCUGGUGCAUCUGGUCAUUCAUGUUCUUCAGAAGAAGACUCUGUCCGUCUCCAUCCUGAAGGUCAUUGAAUUCGGGGAGCUGGACAAGACAAAGGUCAGGUUCUUACGGCAGGUGCUGAGCAAGCUUCUGAGAGACACUGACCAUCAGGUCCUGGGUGAAAUAUUUGGAAGGAUUUCAGGGCUGCCCAAGCUGAAGGCAAUGCGGGAGGGCCUGAAGCUCUUCAUCAGCCACUUCCUGCUGAGGAACGCGCCCCCCGAUGGGGACGGUGAGGAGGCGCGGCGGCUGAAGGAGGGGGCUCAAGUGGCAACCAAGGCCAUGGAGGCCAAGGAGGAUCAGCUGAAGCUGUGA